AUGCUCCUGGUACGAGUGAACUCCCAGGAGCCCGCAAACUCAUACCGGUUCAUCUUUACACUUGCGGCGCCCUCCACACCCGGUGCAAUGAGGACCCGCUCCUCAAAACCCUACCACCACCCCAUCCUCGACCGCCUCCUCACCCGUUCUCCAGUUGCCCAAGAAGCCCGAUGUCUGGCAAAAAUACGACGCGAAGGCGUGGAAGCUCCCGAUCUUCUCACUAUGCGCUGGGAGGGCCGCGGCGGAGAACACAGCGAAUAG